AUGGUCAAACAACGAAAGGGCGGCAAGAUUGGUGCCCCCAAGAAGAAGGGUUCAGGACUGCCUGCGCCUUUCAAGGCGCCCCCUGAUGUCCUGCAGCCACUCAUUGACACCCUGGACCUGAGGCACGUGUACAUCUUGCACGUCGACAACAAGCCCGCCGACCUCAAGCGCAAGGUCUUCAUCGUCCCUGUCCUCAUGAACGUCGCCAUCCUCCUGUUGUUCAUCUGGCGCAUGUACGCCAUUCUGCCUUGGUACCUCCGAGUCCUGACCUCAACCCUGGGCUAUGCCAAUGAGACUACUCUCGUAGCUGCCGAGAUGGAGUGGGAGACCCUCCUGCCCGAGGUCGGCAAGCGAUCUGGCCAGUUCAUGCUGGAUCUCAUGCUCUACGUCUUUGUCUGGCCCUGGCCCUACGAGUUCUUCCUCGGACUCGAGCAUGCCAACCCCGUAGCCUGGCGCCGGAACGUCGGAUUCCGCGAUCGGGAGAUUGUCGCCCGCCGCAGCAGAGCCUGGGACAAGGCUCUCAAGGAUGUCAUCAACGACAAGAACUCCAAGGAUAUCUUCAUGAACAUGGUCGGCAUCGCUACUUCUCCCAACAUCACCAGGGACAGGACCGGCUAUCUACUCAUGAACAAGGAGUGGAACUUGGACUGGGCCACUAUGAUCGACGCAACCACCAUGGUCGAUAAGAAGAUGGCUGCAAUUGAGGCCUUCAAGCUGGUUGUCCUUGUCUAUCAGGAGGAGUAUGGCUGGAUAGUGGUAGACCACAAGCUUGACGAGGAUCCUGCUGAAGAUGAAAGAAGGACACAAAUCUUGCUGUUCAGGGAUGCACUCUCGGCCAUUGGCAAGGAGGACCUCUUCUUUCGCUGGAUCGAGGUUGUCCAAUUUGAGGCCAAUCAGCCUGGUGGUUUCACCGCCGAGAGACAGGGGGUCGUCGCGCAGCAGGUCAGGGAUCUUUUCCAGAAAGAGGGCGUCGAUUUCGACCAGCUAUGGAAGGACAGCGUUGGCACAGAUGGAAUUGCAAUCUAG